GCCGGGUAAAAGGAUUUGACAGUUGCUGGUCUCGAGCUCAGAGCUGAGCUGAUCCUCCAGUUGAAUUCCUCAGUGGGAAGGAGACCAUGGCGGCGGCUGCUGCCUGCGGCCAGCACAGCGCUGCGAUAACGGCCGCCGUUAGCGGCAAAAAGACGCAUAGUAACAGGGAACACAGUCGGAGGAACCGGGAGAACUCUCGCCGGAGACAAGCCGCUCUUUUAUUUCUUAGUAACAUCUCCCUGGACGGACGACCAGUCCAGAGUAGUUCAGCCGUGCAUGUAGGAAGUCGCCACCACAAAGAGACCGACUUGGAGGGAGCCGACCCUGGCAAUGGCAGCUACGGAACAUUCUCCGGUUUGGCAGCGGCCGCGAACUCCGGGAAUGUCAACCCCUCCCCAGCACCGAGGACAGGACUCCUCAACAUACCGCCAAUUCUCGUCCUGCCGUCGGACACAGAGUUCAACGAUGUGGGGAGCGCGGAGGUGCUGCUUGAGUGCUGCAGAGGCUCGUUCCCUUCACCAGGGAACAGUAACCUGCCCUCGUCGUCCCCAUCCAACACCAGCCUGCUACCGUCGCCGCAGGGACCGCGGAAGUCUUCCACACUGCUGUCAGUUCAUAGCUGCAACUCUGUUUCCUCCUCAGAGCCGCGACAGAGGACUCGUAACCUCUCCGGCUCUCCCAGACCUCGACACACCAAGAAGAUCCACUUCAUUAAAAACAUGAAACAGUACGACACGAGAGGCAGCAGGAUCGUGCUGAUCUGUGCAAAGAGAUCUCUGUGUGCUGCCUUCUCUGUUCUGCCCUACGGAGAAAGCUUCUACCUUAGUGACCCUACAUUAAACCACCCGAGGAGGAGGCAUUCGUCUGGUAACAUCUCCACCACCCUGGAGAUGCUGCCGGGGCUGGAGGGCUUCCAACUGGACACCUACGGCAGGUCAGUGUCGUACGCCCAGUUCCUGUACCCCACUAACGCCCUGGUGAGGCACAAGCCGUCGUCGGCCAGUGACCUGACGCUGCAGAUCCCCGUGUCCAGGAGCGCUCACAGCAUGGCGGGCAGGAGCUGCCCACCCGGCAGACUGAACAGCACCGUGGGACUGGACCUGGGUCUGGAAGAUGUGACAGACUACGAUCCUAAUCUCCUCAGUGACCCCCAGUGGCCUUGUGGGAAACACAAGCGGGUGCUGAUCUUCGCCUCCUACAUGACGACAGUAAUAGAAUACGUCAAGCCGUCUGAUCUGAAGAAAGACAUGAACGAGACGUUUAAGGAAAAGUAUCCCCACAUUAAACUCACCCUCAGCAAGAUACGCAGUCUGAAGAGAGAGAUGAGAGUAGUCGGGGAGGAUUGCGGCAUGCAGCCCGUCACCAUCGCGAUGGCGUUUGUCUACUUUGAGAAGUUGGUGCUGCAGGGUCGACUGAAUAAACAGAACAGGAAGUUGGUGUCAGCUGCCUGCAUCCUACUGGCUGCUAAGAUCAGCAGUGACCUGAAGAAACAGGAAGUCAAACACUUCAUUGAUAAGCUGGAGGAGCGUUUCAGGAUCAGCAGGAGGGAGCUGAUAUCGUUUGAGUUCACCAUCCUGGUCGCCCUGGAGAUGGCGCUCUACCUCCCCGAGCGCAAAGUCAUGCCACAUUACAGGAAGCUGGUGCAGCAGCAGCAGUCCUAGCACCAACCCCCCUCCUCUCCCCUCCUCUCCACUCCUCUCCUCUCCCCUCCUCCCUGCAGACUCUCAGCACCUUUCAGCUCCACACUACAGCAGUUGGACGGGUCCUCUGGGUGCCUGGCUCAGAGGCACUGAGGCACCGAGGAAUCCUCCUCCUCUCUGCUCACAGUGCAGACACAUAGCCCAUCCACACUGUGACGGUAGUGCCUGGCUCAACGGCACGGCAGCGCAGAGAGCAACGUCGGCCUCUCUGCUCCCCCAAACACCAAAGUGACAACACACUGUGACGCAUGGUGCCUGGCUCAGCAGCACCACAGGAAUCACUGAAGGCUAAAUCUAUCACCACAUUUACAGUACGUAAAGUUUCCCUCGCUGGCUCGUUUGCCGAGAUUUUAGAAACCGAGACUCUGCUGAGCACGGCUCUCUGAGGACUGCUGCUUGAAACUUGCGCGACACAUUUAGGGCAUUUCAGUUCAAUUUGAGUUUACGUAGAGCGUUUUGCAAAGCUCUGUUUAUCAGUUUUGAGUCGUCCUUUCUAAAAUCUCUGCAGUUGAGAAUGUGAGUACUAUUGGCUAAAAAUAAAAAUUCGUCAGGUUUAACCACUGCACCGGUACCCUGUUCAACUUUUAAUCCUCACAGCUUUGCAGACAAAGAGUGACCUACAGUAAUAGUGACAACAUUAAGAUUAGAGUGUACUUACAAAUCAAAGACGGAACAGUAAAUCAUGUUCUCAGAGUACAGAUCUGUCAAUUACAAGGCUUGUAGAAACUAAAAUCCAAACUUCCUGAGUCAGACUGACCAAUAGAAAUAAAAGACUGGAAAAGCACUACAAGGAGACAGACAUUAGGCAGGAUUAAACCUAAUGCUUCAAAAAAGCAGAAUUUAAUACCCUUGCUUCUCAUUUUUUGUUUUAAAUCAGUGGAUAAAUUUAAACUAAAUCUAACCAAAAGUGCCAUUUUCAAAGAACUUUUCAAACUCCCAAAUGGAAUUGCUGCCAAAGGGUUUCCAAAAUUGACUUUAAUCUGAUGAGAUUCUCUCUAGACCUCUGUGUGCUUAGGUCUCCUUAUGUUUGGAUUGUACUGUCUGCACUGUGGACCACUGAGACUGUGAUAGUGAAGAUUUAUUUUCAUUUAAAUGUACUGACAGACCCUAAAUACAAAGCUUUGUGCAUUUGACAAUCAUUUUCAUGCAUUUAAAAGCAUCUUAAAUCGAUAGUACUGAGGUUUUUUUUCAGCAACUGUAGCAAAUAUAUUGCCAACAUCCUCGUGUUUUUGUAGAAACUCACAUUGUGAAAUUAAAUUGAAGUUGAUACAUUCAGGCUGUGGGAGGGAAUUGAUCCAUCACUGUGGUGACCACCAUUUCCUGUACUUCCUUCCAUAUGUACCCUAGCUGGACUGGUUUCACAGUCACAGGUCAGACUCUUGUUUGGACUCUGACUCACAUUAAUGACCUGGACACUUCUCAGUGUGCAGUCCUGAUGUUCCAUCCUUCCAUCCCUCUGAAUUAUCAGCAUGACUGUUUUUUCAGGCUUCUGCUUGUUUUUUGAAGACGUUUACCCCGAUUCUCAACUGGGCAUGUCUGUGCUGUGUUCCAGCUGCGCACCAUACCACACCGGGAGUGUCUUGCUGCCCGACUCUCAGAUUUGAUUGUCUCUGGAAGUACUUUAGAGAACAAUCCUGUGUCUGUUAAGCUAGUAUCUACUCCAUACCAUCUCUUUUCUGGUGUUAUAAAAAGGAUCUGUGAUGUCUUAUUAUGUCUUUCCAAGAUGAAUCUCUUGUUGUCUGUGGUGUUGUAGAGGAAAUGUAUACAAUAUUGGGGGGGUAUCUUUUGGUAAAAUGACUGGAUAGUCUCGUUGUUUCACUUCCUGCCUGGCUGUCCAAACGGCCUGCGGGGCGCGGGAAAAUAGACCUGCCUCGUAUCUUUAUUGGACCGGAGCGGGGAGCCGCUUCACGCACGCUUCUAGGACGUGCAGCUGGUGGAUUAUCAAGCAUUGACUUGAAUGGCUGUGGUCACUCGCGGGGUACGUGACGCCUCCGGAACGCAGCGCAGACGAGCCCGGUGGAAAGUAGGGGUUACACUCCCACCCAGUCUCUUCUUCACUGCUCUGAUCGUUCUUUAAUUUAUCGAGGGGGAGGUUCCCCAGUUCACAUAAGCUCUACUUUACUGUAAAACACAUUUAGAUGUUGAAGUGCCUUCACUAAGGGCACCUGGAAAGUAGGAGUUCCUAUUCUGCCUGUCCUUGGAUCCAGGGACUCAAACAGGCAACUUUAUCUUCACCUGUCUUCUGUAUUUUGACCUCUUGUCUUGCUUUCCUGUUUCCUCCCUCUUCCUGCUGAGUUGGUGUGAAGGAUCAGCAGACUGCUGCUCCCUCUGGUGGCCACAGAGAAGCAGUGCGUCCCUUUAGAGAAAAUGCUGUGAUGGAACCAAGUAGUACAGAUAAAACCAUCACAGUAGUCAUUGUCUCUACUGUAGCGAUAGCUGCUUGGCUGAAUCUCACCUCGCUUGCUUCCCUUCCUUGCGUCUUAUAGUGCGUCCCACCGAGGAAGCAUGGGAAAAUCCUGCGAGGAGAGAGGUUAAUGUGUUUUAGAGGAAUGAGACGUCCUUUUCUUCUGAAGUGUCCAGAGAAUUUCUCAGCUGUAUUGGCAACGGCUUUCAGCUACGCAGCUUCCAGGAAGGCUGCUCUUGUGUAUCCUCGCUCAUAGCUCCUCAGAGAUCCUUCCUCCAUCCUCGCUCAUAGCUCCUCAGAGAUCCUUCCUCCAUCCUCGGGGCAGGAAUAAGAGCUUUGAGACGGUCCUUACGAAAGAGGGCCAGAACCACUUCCGGUUCAGGCGAGGAGCGAGGAGAUAUCAAAUCAGGGAAGUGAGAUUCAGCCAUUGUCUCUACUGCAGCUCCUUCUGUCUUCAUAUCACUGUGGCAUCCUGGGAAAUAAGUUUCCCCAUCCUGUUUGCUUCAUUGAGGUCACAUAAACACUGUGUUCCAUUGCAAAAGUGGCAGCCUUCUUUAGCCCAAGGUUAAAGGGGUUUCCUUUUGAGAGUCUUUAAUGUCCCAAAGAGCUGGGAAUCAUUUUGAUACGAUGUUAAAUCUUGAACGCACCUCGGCUGAUGGAAGUUCCUUGUAGGAGAACUGAAACAAUUAGUUGAUUAGUCGAUUGAUGGAAAAUGAAUCGGCACGUAUUCUAAUAAUUUGCUUAAAUUCACUGAUUCCAGCUGCUGAAAUGUAAACAUUUGAUGUUUUUCUUUGUUGUGCUGAUUGGACAAAACAAGCAAUUUGAAUAUGCUAACUUGGGUUGUGAGAAAUUAUGAUUUCACUUAUUUUUACUGCCCAAAAAAUCUAUUCAUUGAGAAAAGAAAUGACGGUUUCAUAAUUCAUUUAAUUCAGGAUUUAAAAAAACAAAACAAUGGCAGCUGUAAAAACAGACUGAAAAGCCCUGACACGGACACACCAGCUCCCACACGGUACAACAGGCCUAACCACGGAGAUUAUUCUGGGAUGUUUGGGACUUCAGAUGUCCUCAUUCUGUCUGCACUGUGGAGCAACAUCAACUACCAAAAAGACCUUUCUGUUCGUGAAAAAAUACUUUUCACUCAAAUAUUAUUUAUUCUGUUUUUACUGUAUCAUAAAGGGACACAUAUUUAACCAAAUGGAGGCCUCAGACAGGAUGUUUGUGCCUGUUUUUCCUCCAUGUUGCAGCAGAAAAACUGCUGUCAGGACACCGUGACGAACAUUUGAUCUCCUUUACCCAAAAGACAAAGUGGGUAUUUUCUUUUAAAAGUGGUUACCAUUGGUUACAUGAGAUGAAGGCACAACCAUGUAGGGCCUCUGUUGUUUUUGCACUUUGCCUUGCUUCACAGUCUUUAUUUUAUCACUAAGUAACUAUGGUUAGAAUAUUUUUCUACGGUAAAUGUGUGAAGUAUAAGUAGUUAUUGUAU